CGUGGCAGUGGGAUACCGGCUCUGCCAGUAAAAGCCCGGGAAACUUAGGGCAGCGCCCUAGCUGGAAGAAGAGCAGUCAUGGCGGCUACGGCUAGGGUUUGUGAGCGCCAGGAUCAGCUCCCUUUUCUGGAGCGCCGGAUCUUGUUCCAUCCCGCCAAAGACACUGCAUUGCUCGCGGCAUUGCCUCCAGGUAUCGAGCCGCUCAAUCACGGAUUCAAUGCGGCGACUCCUCCUCCUCCUCCGAGCCUUUCCAAGUCGCCCGAUGGCAAAGGGAUCAAGCGAUCGUGGGAGGAAGCGAAUGGCGAGCCGCAGAAGGAUUUUGGCGAGAAUGUGCUACCCGAGCUGGGAGCUCCCCUCCGGAUUGGAGCCGGGCUUACAAAUCUCGGUAACACUUGCUUCCUCAACUCUGUCUUGCAAUGCCUUACGUACACGCAGCCCUUGGCGGAGUUUCUCAAAAGCGGCCAACACAAGCUCUUGUGUCGAAAGUCUGGAUUUUGUGCAAUGUGCGCUCUGGAAGGGCACGUCAAGAAUGCGUUGCAGUCAUGGGGAAAGGUGAUAGCUCCCAAUCAUAUGGUGAAAAACUUGCGCAGCAUAUCACGUGCGUUUCAACCUUGGAGACAGGAAGAUGCGCAUGAGUUUUUAAGAUAUCUCAUGGAGGCUUUGCAGAAAGACUGUCUUCCUAGCAAAACGCCGAUGAACUCUCCGGAACAAGAAAAAACUCUUCUGUACAAAAUCUUCGGUGGUCGUCUUCGAAGUCAGGUGAAAUGCAGUAAUUGUCUGGAACGUUCAGAAACUGUUGAUCCUUUUCUAGACCUGAGCUUGGACAUCACACGGGCAGACUCGCUGGGCAAGGCCCUCGCAUGGUUUACAGCCAAUGAGAUACUCGAUGGUGAUAACAAGUAUCACUGCGAGAAAUGCAAGAAGAAAGUGCGUGCCAUAAAGCGGUUUACGAUCGAAACCGCGCCAAACGUCCUAACAGUUCAGUUCAAGCGUUUCAGCAGCACUGGCUUACAUGGGCAAAAGAUAGACAAGAAGGUUCACUUUGGAAGAAAGCUAGACAUCACUCCUUUUAUGAGUAACGCCAGGGAUGGUGCGGUUUAUGACUUGUAUGGUGUGCUGGUGCACGCGGGGUGGUCAACCCGUUCUGGACACUACUAUUGUUUUGUACGCACUUCCUCCGAUAUGUGGCACGUCUUAGAUGACUCUCGGGUUCAACAGCUGAGCGAACAAACUGUUCUGAACCAAAAGGCUUACAUACUCUUCUAUAUUCGUAAGACGCCAACACAGAGACUCCCCUCGGCGCCUGCUACAGAGAUUUCAGGAAAGAAGAUUGCUACCACAAAGACUCUUCAUAUGCCGGAUGCUGUGCCAGCUGCUAAAAUCGAGGAAAGGGAAACAAGUUUACGAGAGCAGGAAGUCCCCGCUGCUGGUAUAACCAAGGAAAGAGAAGAAAAUUCGCCAGAUAAAGUUGUUACAGCCAAAGCAAAGGAAACUGUGCCAGCUGCUACGGAUGAGGAGGGAAAAGCAAUUUCGGAAGAGGACAUCUGUUCUCCUCUCUCCCCUGUAGCUCCUUCCGCGGAAAAGCGUGCUAGUCCUGAGCCAGAAUUGAAAAAGGAGGGAACUGUCCCGGCAAGCAGAAUCGAGCCCGAAAAUCAAGCGCCUUCGAUGGUGGACAAGGGGUCAACUAAAAAGCUGGACAAACGUGAUCCGGAAAAACCUGAGAGAGAAUUACCGAAAGGCCAAAUCUCCCUCAGGAAGUUCGACACGGAUCCGCCAAGAAGACCUGAGAAGGGCUACCUGAAGUUACUUAAAGCUAUGCCCAAGAACAGGCGCUUGUUGAUGGAAAAGGCUCUUGAAGGUGGAAUUGCUGAAGGGACGGCUGCCUCCAAAAGCAAAAAGCUCGUGGAGAACGACGAUCCCAAGAAGAAAAAGAAGUGCAGUCCGAAUGAGCUGUUUGGAACUGGAGUUGCACGAUGGGAGGGCGUCGACGGGAAAGAAGUCGAUGGCUUUCUCAGCCAAGAACACAAGGUCUCAACAAAGAGACCCGAUGAGUGGGAUGAAGAGUAUGACCGUGGUAGACUUAAAAAGCUCCGACGAAGUGCCGGAGGUGGAAGGCUCACUCCUCUGAAAAGCUGCGAGAACGCGAAUCCAUUCCAAGUUCUUACUUCCAAAAAGAAGAGCUGAAGUUUCUUCAUAACCGCGAGUGUAAACUAAAGAGGGAAGAAUCUAAAAUUUUUUAAAAUCUACUGCGCGCGAGAAAGAUAUGCCACCGCAGGACGGAAUAUACGACCACAGUGGAGCCAUCUCGUACAGUCGUGGUGGCGGCUUCCGCGAGAGAGGAAUAAAAUUACAAUGGCGACGA